UCGAACACAUCGAGUGACACACGAAAAUUCCCAAACAAAUCCGUAGUUCACAACGUUUUUCGAAAAGUAUUAUAUCUUACACAUCAAAUAACUCAAAGAAUGGAGAGCGACGAAGGCGUGGCCGAGCGCCCAUCCACAUCGGGGGCCUCAUCAGUGACUAAAGAGGCCGGAUGCCUGGGCUAUGCCCAGUCGGAGUACUCGCUGGACACCCACGGAUCCUCGCUGGACCAUCGUCUUGGCCUGGAGAGCGAGAACGACGGGAAUGCCACCGACGAGGAGGUAGAGAUCUGCAUAACCCGGCUGAACUUCCUGCCCGAUCGGGCCAGACGCCUCUAUAUGGACUGCAAGCUCUCGCUGCCGCUGGCGGGCGGAAGUGUACCGAUGCGCGGCGGGGCGGAGGCGGCCACUUCCGCUUCCGCCGUUUCCGGCGAGAGCAACAGUUCGCCGGAAGUGCGCUACGAGCGGCUGAGGAGCACGGCGGCCGAAACCCAGAAGUACUGGCGCCUCCAGAAGCUGGCCUUCGCCUGUCCCCUCGGCGCAAGCUGCUGCUGCGAUGUGGUCCACAAUCCGGGCAAUCUCCUGAGUCACUGCCUCACCUCGCACGAGGACAUCAUCAGCAUGGAAAUGAAAGCCAAGGAGGCAAAGAGCUUCAAGAUCGCUGGCAAAACGCUGCCGGAAAUGCGGAGGGAUCGAAGUCAAUGCGUCGGUCUGCUGAUCUACGAGAGUGGCCGCCAGGUGGCGCUCAACUCGCACCUGCCGCGAAUCUACUCGGACUGGGAGUGCCGCCUGCCCCUGCUGCUGAUGCUGUGGAAGACCUCGUGGGACUCGAUGCCCGGCGGACCGCGGGUCACCCAUCUGUACAUUUUGUGGCUGCUCUGCCCGCAGGCUCAGCCCGCUUUGAAGGUCAGCGUGGAAACGGCGGCUGAAAUGCCCGGUCUGCCGCGUCGCCAGGUGAUCCACACCUGUUCCAAUCCGGAGAUUAUCGAAAAGUGCGAUCUGCUCUCCGACAGUCCGCUCUUCAUGCGAUUCACCCAUCGCGAAAUGAAGGAGUACACCGAGGACUACACGCAGGACAUCGAGCUGCAGUUCACCAUUCACGAGGACGAGGCUAGCAGUUUGCCGGAAUUACCGAAGGAGACGGGUUCGGGUUCCGAGGAUCCAGAGGAAACCACUCUGGAGAUCGAAGUGAUUGCCGACGUUGAGGUGCUGCAAAGUGAGGAGACGUCCAAGGAGGAGUUUUCAAUGGAGAAAACCGAAGAUCCCGAUGAAUUAACCGAACUGUCUAACUGAAAAUUCUCUCGAGUUUUGCCAAAUUUUUCGUCAUACCUUGGAUAUGUUGUCAACAAUCAUUUUAAGCCCAUUUUACACUUGAGAACUUGUAUAUUUUAAAUUAAAUCCAAAAUUAAUUCAGUACGCUAAA